CAGUUUCUUGCUUGUACACACAUCAUGUCGACCAUGUCGUUGACUGAGAGACUCGACAAGAUCAGGACGCAGCCCAAGCUGCAGGGCAUGCAGCAGACGGCUGUCGUGCUCGGCGCAGUCGAAGACACUCUGCGCUCGCAAAAGGCCGACUCAACACCAACGGCCUACUUUGCCGCCCUCCUGUCGCUGCUUGCCCAGUUUGACAUGGCUAACAAGGAAGUCGCUUACGCCGUCGUAUACCUCCUCGAUCUCGUUACGCCUCACGUUCCCGCACCGCUAUUGCGCUCCAAAUUCAGUCAGAUCCUGGGCAGUCUCGCCCCCGCCCUUACACAUCCGGAAGCAGAGGCCCCUCUAUUGCGCUCGAGUAUCGGAUGUCUGGAAUCGUUGCUGGUCGCACAAGAUGCUCAGGCAUGGGCUCUCCCCGCUUCAUCUUUGAGUCCCCGUCGCGCUGUUGCCGGUCUGCUUGGUCUGGCUUCCGACCACCGUCCCAAGGUUCGCAAGCGAGCUCAGGAUGCCCUCACGACCGUUCUCAAGAACCCUCCGCCCAGUCCUUCGCUUGACCACCCGGCUUCUGAUAUGGCCGCUGAAACUUCGAUGCGCCUGCUCCAGGACGCCGCCGAGAAGUCUGCAAAGGCCAAGAAGGCAAAGAAGGGAGCAAAGGAACAAGAGAAUGACCCAGCUUUGAUGCACGCCCUGCAACUCGUCAAGGUUAUCGCCACGGCCGCCAACGGAUGGCCUUCGCGCAAGAUUGAUUCACUAUGUGAGCUUUUGCUCGCCAUCUCGAAGUCUAGCCACGAAUUUCUGGUCAUGUCCGCUUUCGAAGUCUUUGAGAUUAUCUUUGCUGGUCUGGCCAACGAGGUUUCGGCUGCAAAGCUCCCCCGUCUUUUAGAGGUUAUCGGCGAGCUUCAGCCUUCCCAGAACGACUCGCAACUCCUGCCCCCGUGGAUCGCCGUUAUCUCGAGAGGUUAUGAUGUUGCUGCUCAACUCGACCCCGAGGAGACUUUCGCAAAAUUGCCUACCCUUUUCACCCAGGUCUCGGCCUUCCUUACAUCUUCAUCCCACAACAUCCGCAUCUCCGCCUCGGAGUGUCUUAUCUCCUUCCUUAACAACUGUGUUCCGGAUUCUGUUCUCCUUGAGCCUUCAAUCUACGACGAGAAGGUAUUCGAGAACCUCGGAAACCAGGUGAAUGAUCUCCUCAGCAUCAAGUACCAGUCAGCCUGGAUGGAGGUCUUUUCCGUCAUCGGUGCCAUGUUCGACACAUUGAAGUGGCGCUCCCAGGGUAUUCUAAACACUGCUGUCAAGACUGUUGGUGAUCUUCGUGGAAACGACUCCUUCUCCGGCAAGAAGGAAGCAGAUGCUGUUCUUGGCAAGGCCAUCACAGCCAUGGGCCCUGACAACGUUCUCGAGAUCCUGCCCCUGAACUUGACCAAGCCUGUUCCUGGACAGCCUGGACGUGCCUGGAUGCUUCCUAUUCUCCGUGACUCUGUCAGAAACACCCGUCUCGCUCACUUCCGUGCUGAACUCGUUCCCCUCAGUGAAGCCAUGUUCCAGCGUGUCCUGAACCACGGCGAUGCCGAGAAGACUAUGGAGAUCAAGAUCUUCGAGACCAUUGUUCAACAGAUCUGGGCUACCCUUCCUGGAUACUGCGACCUUCCUCUUGACGUUACCGAAGCCUUUGAUCAAACUUUCGCCGAGAUGGUCGCUAAUCUUCUUUACUCUCAACCUCAACUCCGUACCGAGCUCUGCAGAGCUCUUCAGAACAUGGUUGAGUCCAAUCAGACCGUUCUCUCCAUCGAAGGAGAGGAGGACCUUAUUGCACAGGGUAGAAUUUCAAGAGCUGACGCACAGAAGAACAUCCAGCACCUUUCCGGACUUUCUGGUAACAUUCUUGCGGUCUUGUUCAACGUCUACAGUGAGACUCUGCCUCAAUACCGUGGUAUUAUCCUUCAAGCUAUCAAUGCUUACCUCAGCAUUACUCCUGAGUCCGAAUUGAUGGAAACAUUCACCCGUGUUGCCUCCAUGCUCGAGUCAUCUCUCGGCGAGAGCGGCCCUCAAACUCAGGCCGACAAGCAAAAGGAAACCAAGGGACCCAACAAGAUGCCCCCUAUGUCCCACACCCUCAUGGAUCUGGUCAUCACAAUCUCUAUCUAUCUUCCUCGUGACAGUUUCGCUGGACUCUUUAACAUGGCUGCCAUCAUUGUCAACAACGACUCUGACCCGCAAUUGCAGAAGAAGGCCUACAAGCUCAUCCCUCGCCUUGCUGAGUCUGAAUCUGGUCGUGCUGCCAUCCUUGAGCGCAACUCUGAUCUCCAACAACUACUUCUUCAGGCUGGUCCUAAGGCUGCUGCUCCCUCUCGUCGCGACCGUCUGACCGCCAUCUCUCAGAUCAUCUCUUCAAUCCCCAAGGAUGAUCUCCACUUCAUUCCCUCUAUCCUUUCCGAGGUCGUCAUCAGCGCAAAGGAAGUCAACGAGAAGGCACGUACCGCUGCUUUCGACUUGCUUGUACAAAUGGGUGAGAAGAUGACCGAGGGUGGUACUGUCAUCAAUGCAAAGGUUCCUCACAUGCCCGAUGAUGCCGCUCCUGUCGAAGCCAGUCUUGAGGAAUACUUCACCAUGGUAUCUGCUGGUCUCGCCGGUUCAACCCCUCACAUGAUCUCCGCCUCCAUCACCGCUCUCGCUCGUCUUCUCUACGAUUUCCGCCACACUCUCAGCGAGCCUGUCAUUCUGGAUCUGGUACAAACAAUGGAUCUCUUCCUUACCUCCGCAAACCGCGAAAUUGUUCGCUCAUGUCUUGGUUUCGUCAAGGUUUGUGUGCUUUCGUUGCCUACUGAUCUCAUGCGUCCUCGCCUCGCAACGCUCAUUCCUAACCUCAUGGUCUGGUCCCACGAGCACAAGGCCCACUUCCGUCUCAAGGUCAAGCAUAUCUUCGAGCGCAUGAUCAAGAGAUUUGGUGUUGAGAUUGUGGAGAAGCACUGCCCCGAAGAAGACAAGAAGCUCAUUUCCAAUAUCCGCAAGUCUCGCGACCGCGCAAAGAGAAAGAAGGAAGCUGGCAAGGACGACGACGCAGAGGAAGACACCACCAAGCGCCAAGGCAAAUUCGAAUCAGAGUUUGACGAGCAAGUGUAUGGAAGUGAUGAGGAGGACUCCGGCUCUGAUAUAUCUGACGACGAAGUACUUGGUCGCUCAGCAGCCAAGGGCCGUAAGGCAAAGGCUGGCGGUGACACUUUCAUCGUCGAAGAUGAAGAUGAACCUCUGGACUUGCUCGAUCGCAAAGCCCUUGCCAACAUCAGCAGCACAAUCCCCUCCAAGUCUCGCACACCUGCUACUCGCAAACCAGCAAAGAUGGACCUCGACGGCAAACUCGUCUUCAACGAAGCCGACUCGGACGACGAAGUCAUGGAGUUUGACGAAGCUGGCAACUCUGCAUCUCUUGAAGAUGGUAUCAACGCAUAUGUUGAGGCCAUCAAGGGACGUGAUGCAGCACAGAGAGGUAGAGGUGGCAAGCUGAAGUUCAAGAACAGAGGUUCCAAGGGUGAAGAUGAGGACGAGAUGGAAAUCGACGCUCAAGAAAUCGCAGACGCAAGGGCGAAACCUCAACGAAGGAGUCUAGGUGGCGAACGCGGCUCUGGAUUCAGAGGACGUGGCGGCUCUGGUGGUCGCGGCGGCGGCGGCUUCCGUGGUGAUCGUGGGGGAGACUCUCGUGGAGGCCGUGGCGGUGGUUUCCGUGGUGGUAACUCUGGCUCAGGUGGUUUCCGUGGCGGCAGCUCAGGCUCGGGCGGCUUCCGUGGUGGUAGCAGAGGAGGUUUCGGCGAUCGGGGAGGCAGAGGCGGUGGUAGAGGAGGCUCGCGCGGUGGCUUUGGUGAUCGCAGAGGCGGUGGCUUUGGCGAUCGUAGAGGUGGUGGUGGUGGCGGUGUCAACAAGGGCCGUUUCGCACCCAAGGGUCAAGGUCAGAGAGAUGAGAACCGCAACAGAGCCAGCAGGGCUUAAAUCAGCUC